GUUAUCAACAAGGACCCAAUCAUGAACGGUCACUGCAAUGGAAAGAUCAGCAACACUGUUGAAGACUACAACAGAAACGAAAAAAAGUGCUUCGGCGACCUCGCCGUAGAAAUGAAAAAGUCUGCGGUAAUCUGCGAACAAGAGUUUUCUCGCAAAAAGACAGAAGACGAGUCCAGGUUGCCAGCCAUCGAGGCGGCGUACUCGAUCAUCCUACGUGAACUGGGAGAGGACACCGAUCGCCAGGGCUUAUUGCGCACACCUUUACGCGCCGCCAAAGCCAUGCAGUUCCUUACAAAGGGCUACCAUGAGAAUGUUAACGAUAUCCUGAAUGAUGCCAUAUUUGACGAAGACCACGACGAGAUGGUGAUUGUGAAGGACAUCGACAUGUUCUCACUGUGUGAACACCACCUAGUGCCCUUCUUCGGAAAAGUUCAUAUAGGCUACCUGCCAAACCAAAAAGUUGUGGGACUAAGCAAGCUGGCAAGGAUCGUGGAGAUCUUCAGUCGGAGACUUCAAGUACAGGAGCGUCUGACCAAGCAGAUCGCCACGGCCGUUUCAGAGGCCCUGCAGCCGAAGGGGGUCGCUGUGGUCAUCGAGGCUGCGCACAUGUGCAUGGUGAUGCGUGGAGUGCAGAAGAUCAACACCCGAACCGUGACCAGCACCAUGCUGGGUCUGUGCAGGGAAGACCCAAAGACCCGGGAAGAGUUCCUCUCCCUCACCAUGCGCUAG